CUAUAAAUUCAUGAACCUUUCUUCGCCAAAAUGUCAUUCCAAUUCCACUGUCCAGAUCUCUGAAUAUGUUCUAUCUUACUUCUCUCGUCUCUGUCGCCCUCCUCAUCGCCAACAGCGUCGUCGGGCACCCUGGCGCUGCUCCAUCGACCGAAGUCGACCUUGCUCGUCGCGCAGAGCUUGAAACGGCCACCCGCCGCUCCCUCGCAGACUGUCAGAAUCAUCUCGCUCGACGCGGAUACACGGACAGGUCAAUUGCUCGUCGCACAGCCCUCGCAGAGGAACUCCGAAAGAAGCAUGGGCUUGCCACCCGCUCUCCUUACAAGCGUGCCCUUACUGUCGCUGAGGUCGUGAACACCACCCACCUGUCAAACAUAACGGGGCUUACCUCCGACUCGGACCCCUUCACCUCCAACUCGUCGUGUGUACUUACUCCCGAACUCGAGGAGGGACCAUACUAUGUUCAGGGAGAAUACGUCCGCUCGAACAUGAGUGAAAACCAGACCGGAGUGCCGGCCUAUGUCGAUAUCGAGUUAAUCGACGUCUCCACUUGCGAGCCUAUCACCGGCGUCUAUCUCGACGUUUGGCAUUGUAACGCGACCGGUGUCUAUGCAGGAAUCGUCGCUGAGGGCAAUGGUGAUUCCAGUGACGAGAGUAACUGGAACACAACUUUCUUACGCGGUAUCCAGUCAACGAAUGACGAAGGAUACGCUCAGUUCGAAACUAUAUUUCCCGGACACUACUCUGGGCGGGCCACCCACUUCCAUACUAUAGUCCAUGAAAAUGGAACACUUUUCGACAAUGGUACCUUCUCAUCUGACGGUCAGCAACACAUCGGCCAAGUCUUUUUCGACCAAGACCUCAUCACCGCCGUUGAGGCAACUUCUCCUUAUAGCAACAACACCAUCGCCAUCACAGAAAACGAAGAUGACCGCGUAUUCAUCGCGGGUGUUACGCCUGACAAUGGAACCGGUGUCGAUCCCAUUUUGGAGUAUGUCUACCUCGGUGAUGACCUCUCUGGCGGUCUCCUUUUCUGGGGUCUUAUCGGUGUAAAUCUUUCAGCUAGCUACGAGUCUUCUCCCGGAGGUUAUCUCACUGAAGAUGGAGGCAUCGUAAAUGAAAAUGCUACUGCCAUUGGCGUCGAUGGAGCAGCCCCUAGCGGCGUCAAUGGUACCAAUACCACCUCUAGCACAUGAAGAGUGUACCAUGGAUGAUAUUUAUUUUCUUGUUUUGCUGUUGUCAAGGACUCUGUUAUAGCCAUCUUUGACCUCUCCAUGUCGCCCGUUUUUUAUAUCUCAACCUCCACUAUUACUUAUUUCCUGUGAUGUCUGGAACAGAACAUGAUUAUGGUCUCCACAUGAUUGCGGGGGAGCGAG